AAUCCAAAAUAUUAAUCAUAAAACAUAAUAUAAACAUAAUAAUUAAAAUAGUAGUACGGAGUAAUGAAUAAUGAAAUAAUGUAGUGUAGACAUGUGAAAAGCCCUUUCGCUUUCGCUUUCGCUUUCGCAAAAGCAAAUUCAAUGAUUCAAUAGUUGUACUUAGUUGAAGUUGAGCAUCAAAGUAGCAUAAACAACAUUCAUUAACAUCAAAGUACUUCACUUCUCUUCAACCAAAUACUGAGUACUCCAUAAACAUGAAAAUUCAUCAUGUGUUGUUCAUUAUUUCCAUUCUAACCUUCUCAAACUUUAUAUCACAAACCUCAUCCAGCUCCCCAACUACUCAUCAUCAUGCUUCUUCUCAAGGUGCAACAAAAUUAAAUAAAACGGCAUGUCAUGGAUCACAAUCAUUUUUCAAUGAGAGUGGACUUCAAUGUGACGAAGCAAGAGAUAAUAAUGUUGAUUAUGCAAUCCAUUCCUACCGGAGACAGGGUGGCCGCGGUGGCAGAGGAGGUGGCGGUGGUGGUGGAGGGAAUAUAAAUAAUCAUGUUCCUACUUCUCGUAAAAGUCAUGCACCAUGGCUUGUCUGCCCUUGUUUGCUCAAUGCAUCCUUCUUCGCUUAUGUCACCUUUGCCUGCCUUCUUCUUUAGCGUUAAUUUAUCUAUUUCUAUUACUAAAUAAGUUCAAUUGGCGGGAAUAUUUUAUAAACACCUCUUUAAAAGAGUUGGGAUUUCUUAUUUUUUGAUGUUCUUGUUACGGAGUGAGUAUCUUGUACUCCGGAUUGUUUUUGAAAUUUGUAAUAUUCACUAGCACAAGAAAUGAUACUUUUUAUGGUCUUUAUAAAAUCUAAUUGACCUGGGAUAUAAAAUUUACACAUUCAAUC